UCGCUGUUUUUCCUGUAUCUCUCUGUCUCUCUCUCUCUCUCUUUCAUGCACACGCUCUACUGUAAGGCACCGCCUGCCUCUAGACCUGAGAGCUCACACACCUGUUCCCUCGCUCUCUCGAUUUUGUUCACGCUCCCUUUCUCUCAUGCUCACAUUCACAUGCUCUCGGGCUCAUUUAGCCAGCACUUGUUGAUCCUUCAGUCCUUUUCAUCUGGUGUAUUGGAUAACACUCUGCCUUUUUCCGUCGUGGUGAGAGACCCCCUUGAACUGAACCUGUUCGAGGACUGAGAAGAUCUGCAGGAAGCACGAGCCCUCCAAAGCUCAGACGGCCACUGUCUUCUCCAUGAGUCCUUAAACGCCUGUCUGCCUGAAACUGCGAGUGGUCAUGGAGGACUCCACAGAGGUGUGGACCGACGGCAACUCCCUUCUAAAGGCUGUUUAUCUUUGCCGUUUGCGGCUGACCCGUCUUCUCCUGGAAGGCGGGGCUUAUAUUAAUGAAAGCAACGAGCGUGGAGAGACACCACUGAUGAUCGCAUGCAAGACUCACCAUACCGAUGCUCAGAGUGUCCCGAAACACAAGAUAGUCAGGUAUCUGCUUGAGAACGGUGCAGACCCAAAUAUCCAGGACAAAUCGGGCAAGACAGCUCUAAUGCAUGCCUGUGUGGAGCGAGCCGGGGAGGAGGUUUUGUCACAGCUGCUUUCCAGUGGAGCUGACCUGAGUUUAGAGGACCACUCAGGUUCCUCUGCACUAGUGCAUGCCGUUAACGCCGGUGACAAGGAAGCUUUACGAGUGUUACUAGAUGCUUGUAAGGCCAAAGGCAAGGAGGUCAUCAUUAUCACCACAGACAAACUCCCCUCUGGCAGACAAAUGACCAAACAGUACCUGAAUGUUCCUCUGACACCUGAUUUGGAGGAUCGGUUGCAUUUUGCCCCUAGCGUCUGCAUGUCACCCUCUGAAAUUAAACUCUCUCCUUCCCAUGUCUCCUCCCAUUCAGGCCAGCCACAAAACGCUCUUUUACACCUGGCAGAAAACCAAGCAAUGGGUUCUACCCCUGCAACUGCCACUAACUCAAGGGCUCCAUUGCAAGCAGCCAACGUAGCCAAGCUAAUUCACCUGCAAAGGUUACAUUCGGAGCCAUGGCUGAAGAUCCCACCAUCCCUGUUGCUGCAGCAAAGUAAGGCCUCGUCUUUUACAGAGGAGCUCCUAGAUAUCACCCCGGAAGAAGAGCUCUCUUUUGGCUUUACCAACCAUCGUCGUUUCCCUCAAAGAGCUUCGCCAGUUGCACGUCAUCAGAGCAUGGAUGCCACUGGUCUGCUCAGAGCUUUGGACAAAGCAACUGAAAUCGAGAAGGAACAAAAGAAGGAGGUGAACUGGCUGAGCAGGAAAAUGUCCUAUGAUGGUGUUUCACUGCCACAUUCAGCCUCACACCAUAACCUUAAAGAUGCUUCAGGCAGCGAGACCGUUCCCAUAGACAAAGACCCAGACUGCCUGCCCAACCUGGCGGUAUCCAGCCUUCAGGAUGUCAUGCGACGCCGCAACAUUGGGAUGGACCACUACAGCUCAGAUUCCCAGCUUCCUCAGUUUGGUAGUCAGCACUCAGACGAGCUUUGCAAAGGCGGCACAGCAGGAGGAGGAACAGAAAAGCGCAAGCUAGUUUACAGCCGAUCCUCCACCCUGUCUGGAUCAAGGGAGUCUCUGGAAAGCAUAGUCCAAAGGAGAAGCCCAGCUGUGAUGGAGCGCCGAGGAUCUGGGGCUCUUCUGCUGGAUCAUAUUGCACAAACUCGGCCAGGCUACCUGCCACCGCUGAACCCACACGCACCCAUUCCAGAUAUCAAAGUUAACACCACUAUUGCUGGCGCUGACCAGGGAACCAAACCUGCUCUUGCCACUGCAGCUGGAACCGGUACCAAAUCUGUUGCCCCUGGUCAAAGGCAUUUUGUGCCCUGUGCCCCUAGCCUUCCCAGAGACCAGAAGACCAAAAAGACUCUGCUGAGAAGACACUCCAUGCACACAGAGCAGAUUAAGCGCCUUGGCAACUUUGGGGAGAUUUUUGGACAAUAGAUU